UAUCCUAAUAAGGAAUAACUUAUCUAAUUCUCAUUUUAAAAUAAAAUUAAUGUGGAAUAAAUCACACCACAUUAAUUGAGAUUCCUUCCCAUCUCCUAUAUAAGUCAAAGUAUGCAUUCCUUUCUUUUCAUCAUCGAGGAAGGGACGACUACAACGGAGGACCAGUCGGAGGUCAUCGCCAAUGGCGGAUUGGUCGAAGCUCUCGACAGAUGUGUUGGGUCUGAUCCAUGAUAAACUCUCUAUUCCCGAUUGCAUACGUCUCGAAGCUGCUUGCAAGAGUUGGAACUUGGCCUUUAAGUUCAAGCAUCAUUGUCCACCAAAGUUGCAAUCCCCAUGGCUCAUGUUGCCUGAUCACAGCGAUACCGUGGCUUGGUUCUUCUCCAUCGCAGACAAGAAAAUAUACAAGGUUCCAUGCCCGGAACCCAUGAUCAGACGCCGGAUUUGUAUCGGUUCAUGUCACGGUUGGCUGAUCACCGUGGACGAUAAUUGCAACAUGCACCUCUUGAAUCCACUCACCGGCGUCCAAAUUCCGCUUCCUUCGGUGACAACCUUACCCUUUGUUAUAAUCGUUCGGGAUUCCCAAGAACGAAUCAACAACUUCAUGAUAGGCGAGCAACAAACAAAUGGCGAUGUGGUUUAUCUGGCGUACUCUGUAUGGCGUAUGCGUCGCUUCUUCUUCCACAAGGCUGUACUCUCGAUGGCUCCCGAUGCAGACGGUAAUUUCACCGUCGUGAUGAUCUAUAGUGUUCGGAAGCGGCUAGCCUUUGCUCGAGCUGGUGACGAGGCUUGGACAUCCAUACAAACACCUCAUGGCUUUCACGAUGUGAUUCACUGCUAUGACAAAUUUUACACCGCUAGCCAUGGCGGCACAGUCAUGGCAUGGGAGCCAAAUGGACUUGUCAUCGUGUCUACGAUCGUCUCCUCAGACAUAGAUGAAGCUUAUAUAGGAUGCAUGAUGUACUUGGUCGAGUCGCCAGAUGGUAAUCUGAUGCUGAUCGCUAGGCACGCCGGUGAGGAUCCUAUCAUCUCGCAUACUAGUCUAUUUUUGGUGUUUGCCCUGGACGAACACGACCUCCGGUGGAAGAAGGUGAAGAGCUUGCACCAGCAAACAUUGUUUUUGGGCAGCAAUCAGUCCAUGUUCCUAUCUGCCGUAGACUUUCCGGAGUUGAAACACAACUGUAUCUAUUUCACUAAUAACAUAUUAGAGUUUUGCGCGUACUUUCAGUAUGCAGAUAGUGACAUAGGAACAUUCAACAUGGAGAGUAAAAAGAUUGAGCCAAUAGAUCAUGUUGGUCGUCACUUGAAUUGGCCUCCUUCAGUUUGGUUCUUUCCAAGUCUAUCAUGA